UUUUUGUGCCUCGUUCUUCAGAUUUUUGUCUCUUUCCCUCGUGUGCGCAUGCGCGUCGACCGUAGCAACGACGGGCGGGAAAUCUGUCGCCGUUUCGCUCGCCGCCAUCGUGUCGAGCGCGGCGCUCCAGCCACCCACGAACUGGCCAGUGCACGACUGUAUGCACCCUCGGCAACCAUCCUCGUCUUCAUCGCAGCCAGCAAGCAAUGCACCGUCGCCGCCCUCACUCGAAGCCGACAUCAUAACUUUAGAUGCCCGGCCAGCGCGUGUCUUUCCCCCGGUACAGCGGGGAAAGACUGCAGUCAUGACACUGUUCGGCAACGACGGUUGCAUUGCCCCGUUCAAGUUCUGUCACUCUGCUGCGCGCUGUCGUACGCCACUACCGGGACGGCGCCAAACUGCGCUUCGCGACCGCACCGUCCGGUGCCGCCGCUGCCCGAAGUCGAGAGGCCCACGACGAACGGGAUCGCGGCUGGAGAGAGUCGCGGCUUCGUUCGCUACGUUCCGUGGUCGAUCCGGCAAUGUCGGCGAUUCCGUCAUUCGCUGCCGACGCAAAUGUCCCGCGCUAGAACUUAUUCGGCGAACCCAUGACCAGCUUCGCCGAAAGAGACGACGCUGCGCCUGGUUGCGCGCCGCAGCGCUUGUAUCACUCACGAGGCUUUGUAUACCACCGCAUGGACCGCCACCACCAGCAGGAGGCGCGGCAGCCCGUCCCCACGUCAAGCCCGUUGACCGACAUGGACUCUCGGUCCCCGAAUGCCAGCCGCUCGCCCGACCGCAACUUUCGCGGCCACACCGGAGUCCGCGGUCCGCCGCUCGAUCAGCCGCUGGACUUCUCCCUCAAGAGCGCAGCGGCGUCCUCCUCUUCCUCGCCGCUGUCUUCCGAAGACGACCGGAGGCCCUCCCCGGACUGCGUGGCCCUGGGCGCCGCCCGCUCGCACCCCGAGGCGUCGAACCCGCUGUCGUGCCCGGAGUCCCACCAGCGCAACCUACCGUCGCUGUUGAUCCCGCGCAUGGCGACGAGCACGUCCGCCUCGACGUCACCGCCGGCCCCGUUCCAGAACGGAUACGCGAACGGCUACGCCGGGGCGAGCGGCCCGUUGCAGGGCCUGCAGAACUUCUCGCUCAUGACGUCUCUGCGGUCGCCUCCGAGGAGCAACCUGUCGGUCUCCCCGGCGCCUCCGCUCGUCAGACCCCCGCCGCAGCAGCCGGCCUUCCCGUCGCUGCCGUCGCCUCCGUCGGUCAACGCGCCUACUAGCCCGCAGCCGGGUGUCCCGUCACAGACGGGCAAGUACGUGCGGCCUUUCAAGGCUUACAAGCCCGGAGAUCUACUCCCCAUGAGUCUGUACAGCGUUCCCAACCAGUUCUUUCCUGCGGCCCCGGCUGCCGCGGCGGGCUUCCGGCUCGCCGACCCGGGCGCCGACCCGGAGUUCGCGGCGUACUGCAAGCGCUUUCUGUGGGCCGCGCACGCGAACGGACGCCAGGAACGACAACGCCGGAGGUCGAGGCCGGCGGCCUCGGCCGCCGCCGGCUCUGCGCGCCAGCUGUCCUCGACGUCGCCACCGCCGCUGAGCAACGGCGCCGCGACGACGUGCCGCGCGGACAGCGGCGAAGAAGGCUCGACGUCGCCGGAGAACAGCGACUCGUCCAUUUUGCCCGUCACUAAUGGCGACGCAUCUAACAGCGGGCCCGUCACCAACGGCGGGCCCGUCACCAAUGGCGACGCAUCUACCAGCGGGCCCGUCGCCAACGGCGGAACCGCCACGAACGGAGGCGCCCCCACCGCCAACGGAGACGGCGACGUCGUCGCCGCAAACGGCGGCCAACCGAACGGCGCUCCCUCUGGCGCCAACGACGGCGGCCCCGUCCGCAACGGGCGACGACGACACCGCCUACCCGAUCGCGUGAAGGACCAGGCGUACUGGGAACGCCGCCGCAAGAACAACGAGGCCGCCAAGAGGUCCCGCGACGCGCGCAGGGCCAAGGAGGACGCGAUUGCCAUACGGUGCACCUUCCUGCAAGACGAGAACACGAGGCUCCACUACGAGAUCGCCAGUCUCCGCAAGGAGCUAAACGAUCUGCGCCGAGCCGUGUACCCGUUCUCCCAGUAGCAGGACACGCCUGCACUGAUUCCAGGCUGCCCACGUACACGCCGCCGUAACGCGUCCGGCAUGUGCUGGUCGGAGGACAUCGGGGCACGUCAAAUCCGGCGGUGCGCGACCACCCAAGGAAACAUCUUGGACGACGCGCGGAAGAUGCCGUGCCUUCGGACACGGACGCACUAAAACUCGGGGCUGCGCUGGGUUGCGGUGCUUACAGUGCACGUGUGUGAGUGCAGUGCUAGCUGACCUCGCUGCCGGCUAAAUACGUGCUGCGAUAGUUUCUUUUAAACUGCGAGACUUUCAUCCCAUCAGAGACUCCAUUUCGAGCGCGAUGAUUGCCACGGUGUACUUGCUGGACUGCAGGGCUAAAGAGGACUUCCUGCGUAGACGGGGAAUGCCCGAGCAAUGUGCAUCCGUACCAGGCAAGCUGUAUUUAUUUGCACCAUUGCGACGAUCACCGACUUCACAUUGAUCACGCUUUUGUAAACACCAGACUGUUAGCGUUUCAUCAAUGUGCUCGUCUAUUUUUCGCUUUUGGCGCUGUCACCAUCGUCUCACUGUAUAUAAGUUACAUGGGCACGUGCUUAUCAUUGUACAGCUUUGCAUGGAGCCUCUUUUGGGAAACUCGUAACCCGGGUCGUGAAAAGAGACCUGCGGCCACUCCCAGCGUUAUGCAGUCGGAACGAAUUUAUAACGAAGCGCUUGGAGCCUCCGAAAAAAUUCGUUAUACAGGCCAGUUCCUUGUAAAAGGCGCUCGACCAUACUCAGAGCUGGGAGGCAACGAGCAGUUGGGUGCGAUGCCUGCGCGCAAGCUUUGAUUUUAAUCUCAGCCUGUGCUUAUGCGACAGUGAUGUUAAAGCUGGCCUUGAAGAAAACUUUAGCAUAACGCGAGACGCACCCAGUCUCAGAGCAACGGGAGUUCCGAGGCCGCCGGCUUUUAUUUUAGUGUUUCCAUUUCGACCUUUUCUCGCCGGGCAUACGUUGCAUUGUGUACGUCCGGCCUGUUGCAAACAACAGCUGAGAGAAUAGCGAACACCUCCUUUCUGAGUGCAAUAGCAGACGGCGUCGAAAAAAUUGCGAGAUGCAUUUUUAACGACAAGGUCAAAUUUCAGCCUCAGCCAGUAAAAAAAAAAAGACUGUGCUACUUGUAAAGACAUUGUAAAUAGUGAUACUGUAUUUUGUACCGGGGUGAAGCCUCAAUUUCAAUUCGCAUGCCCUGAUCAUUCGGCGCUCUUACAUACAUACUGCUGUUAUGUGAAUGGGACUUCGCGAAACUUGUGAAUAUUUCAAAAAAUCACGUGAGCUGUAUAUUUCUCAAUAGAGAAUCUAAAGCGGACAAAAUUUGUUGAGAAAUAUACAGCUCACGUGAUUUUUUGAAACAUUCACAAGUUUCGCGAAGCCCCAUUCACAUAACAGCGGUAUGUAAAUUUUGUCCGCUUUAGAUUCUCUAGUGAGCGCAACCGGCAGAUCGGCGGCAUCCGUUUUUUAAUGUAAUGUUUGUAAACUUUAAAUUAUUUUAAAACACGUUAUAAGCGUGCUUUAAGCACGUUAUAAGCGUCAUAACAAAGCUCGCGCUAAAGUUAAACAUGCUUCGUGACGCUUUCAUUACCGCAGUUACGGCACACCGUGAAUAUACAGUUUAUUUAUAAUGCAUGGCGUCGGUGCCGCACGUUAAAGGAACGUGAACUGCCCACGUGUUUUCGACUUCUUCACGCGGAUUCUGGAGAAGUCAAGAGCAGUCUGGCAACAUUGAAGAUAGGCGGAGCUUCGCCGAACCGGCGCCGCCGUCGCUGCGGUCGCUGCCGUCGCUCCCAUGUGAACCCGCCGGCAGUUCGCUCGCAAGCGGUGAGCGGUGCUGCGCGCCGGUGAGGUCUUCCGCGUAUGCGCCUCCCGGUCAAGUCCUAGCUUUGGAUUACUUCCCGCGUGUUUCAAUUCAAUUGGCUCAUUGCGAAUGCGCGACUCGAAUCGCAUACGAUUCCGCAUGCUUGGACUCGGUUUACAAUGCAUACUAGAGGGAACUCCACAGCACCGCAGUCGUCGCGUCACCAGGGGAAUGAUGGGACGUGCAUUGACUUGUCUGGUCUUCGUACUUGCGGAUUCGCACGUUCUUGCGGAUUCGUUUGUUACGUCGUGCAUGCGCCUUUCCGAGCGAUCCAUACUUUCAUAAGCGCUGAAGACGGUGUGAACACGCACGAUCGCUUGUCGAGGUGGCCGUAUCGAAACGCGCAGCGUCUCAGGCCGCUGCAGCUUGGCCCCUGAUAAAUUCGUAAAGGCGUUAUACGUCGCUUGCCGGUGCACGAGCCCGUGGCCUGGUGAUCUCAAUAUCGGAUGUCUGUGAUACAGAAGUCCUGCGUACGAAUCUUCCCGUAGGGCAAUUUUUAUCAUAUUUAUAUAUUUAUCACCUAGUGAUAACUAUAUAGAUAUGAUUUAAGUAAUAGUAGCAGUAUGAUUAAAUAUGAUUAAAGUAGUAAAGCAGUAG